AUGAUAAUGACAGAAUCUGGGGAAGUCGUAGACUUGGACCCCCCAGCUGAGACUUCACAAGAGCAAGAAGACCUUCUGAUAGUGAAGGUGGAAGAAGAAGACUGCACCUGGAUGCGGGCGUACAGUCCGCCCGUAUUUGAGACUUUUUACCAGCGCUUCAAGCACUUCCAGUACCAUGAGGCAUCAGGCCCGCGGGAGGCCCUCAGCCAGCUCCGGGUGCUCUGCUGUGAGUGGCUGAGGCCCGAGCUGCACACCAAGGAGCAGAUCCUGGAGCUGCUGGUGCUGGAGCAGUUCCUGACCAUCCUUCCUGAAGAGUUCCAGCCCUGGGUGAGAGACCAUCACCCGGAAAAUGGAGAAGAGGCUGUGGCUGUGGUAGAAAAUAUACAGAGGGAACUAGAGGAACGCAGACAACAGAUUGUGGCAUGUCCGGAAGGCCUUUCUCAGAAGGCGGUGCCAUCAGGAGCCAUGCAGGAGUCCUUCCGUCACCAGCUUCUGUCUCUGGACCCCCAGCCUGAACAAGAGCCACAGAAGCCUCAUCUGGAGGAAAAUGCCCUUCCUGCUCUCCAAGUUUCUUCCCUUCCCCUGAAGGACAGCCAGGAGCUGACAGCCUCACUUCUCUCAGCUGGGUCCCAGAAGUUGGUGAAAAUGGAAGAUGUGGCUGAUGUGGCUGUUUCCUUUAUCCUGGAGGAAUGGGAACAUUUGGACCAAGCCCAGAAGUCUCUCUAUAGGGAUGACAGGAAGGAGAAUUAUGAGAGUAUUACCUCCAUGGAUUGCAAGUCAAAAAAUGACAAUAUGGAACUCAUAGUAAAGCAUAUUUCUGAUGAAGCCAAAUCGCACUGGGUGACAUCAGGAAACACUGAAAGUGUUGCCCAAAGUCAAGAAUUUGGAGACAUUAAUGACCUUCGCAGCAUGGUAGAAGGGUGGCAGGUAAACCCCGGUGUGGGGAAGUCAAGGCAGAACCCUUCUCAGAAGAGAGAUCUUGGUGCCAUCACAGACUUUAACUGUAAACAAAACACAAAUGCUGAGAGAGGUCACAAGUGUAACGACUGCGGUAAAUUUUUCCUUCAAGCCUCAAACUUCAUUCAACAUCGGCGAAUCCACACUGGAGAAAAGCCAUUUAAGUGUGGUGAAUGUGGGAAAAGCUAUAAUCAGCGUGUGCACCUUACUCAGCAUCAGCGAGUCCACACUGGCGAGAAGCCCUAUAAAUGUCAGGUGUGCGGAAAAGCCUUUCGCGUGAGUUCCCACCUUGUCCAGCAUCACAGUGUGCACAGCGGAGAGAAGCCCUACGGAUGUACCCAAUGUGGGAAAAACUUUGGUCGGCACUCUCAUCUGAUUGAGCACCUGAAGCGCCACUUCAGAGAGAAGUCCCAAAGAUGCAAUGACAAAAGAAGUAAGAAUACAAAAUUGAAUGUUAAGAAGAAAAUUUUAGAAUUUUCAGAAGCAGACAUGGAACUAUCUGGAAGAAUCCAAAAAAAUGUUUCUCAAGUUCAAGAUUUUGGAGAAGGCAAGUUGGAUAGAAAGCAGGGAAUUCCCAUGAAAGAGAUAGUGGGACAACCCUCUUCAAAGAGGAUAAAUUUCAAUGAAGUCACAUAUGUCCACAAAAAGUCCUCCGCAGAAGAAAGACCACAUAAAUGUAAUGAAUGUGGAAAAAGCUUUAUUCAGAGUGCCCAUCUUAUCCAACAUCAGCGAAUACACACUGGAGAGAAACCAUUUAGGUGUGAUGAGUGUGGGAAAAGCUAUAAUCAACGUGUGCACCUAACUCAGCAUCAGAGAGUCCACACUGGCGAAAAACCCUAUACCUGUCACUUAUGUGGGAAAGCAUUUAGAGUGAGGUCCCAUCUUGUUCAGCAUCAGAGUGUGCACAGUGGGGAGAGGCCCUUUAAAUGUAACGAGUGUGGGAAAGGUUUUGGGAGGCGUUCACACCUUGCCGGGCACCUAAGACUUCAUUCUAGAGAGAAAACCCAUCAGUGUCAUGAAUGUGGAGAAAUCUUUUUCCAGUAUGUUAGCCUCAUUGAACAUCAGGUGCUCCACAUGGGUCAGAAAAAAGAAAAAAAUGGCAUUUAUGAGGAAGCAUAUAGUUGGAACUUAACAGUGAUGGAAGAUAAGAAGAUUGAGUUACAAGAGCAGCCUUAUAAAUGUGAUAUAUGUAGCAAAGCCUUUAAUUAUAGUCCUGACCUUAUUCAACAUUACAGAACUCAUACUGCAGAGAAAACCUGUAAAUCUGAUCUAUGUAGAGAAAAUGGUGGCCAGUGUUCUCACAUAAAACAACGUCAAAAAACCUAUUCCAACGUGAAAUCCUAUCAAUGUAAUGAAUGUGGCAGAGGCUUCACUCUGAAGUCACAUCUUAAUCAACAUCAGAGAAGCCAUUCUGGUGAGAAACCCUUUCAAUGUAAAGAAUGUGGAGUGAGUUUCACUUGGAGUUGUAGCCUCUUCAAACAUCUGAGAAGUCAUGAGAGGACAGAUUCCAUAAAUACCUAA